UUACUUCAGUGUUGUGUUUAUAUUACACCCGCGUAGUCGCUAUCGUUUAUUUCCCGCACAGCAAAAUUAGUAAUUCUUCAUAAUAUUACGAUACUCUUUCAUACUAGCUAUUUAUAACCUUUGCUGAGUCAGUAGUGGAUUUAUUUUUAUCUAGGUUUUCUCAACUGGCUCAUUUAGCCUUGUGAAUUGUGCCUUUGGUUUGAGUAGAAACAUGACGAACAGUGAGAGUAGCCGGCGCGGUCAGCGUCACAAUCACCGAGUAAAGAUGGAGAAAAUCUUCCAGCAGGUGACCAGAAGACAUGUGCGAAUAAAACGGAGAGAAAGAAGGGACAAUAACUCUGUUCUUAAUAAAGUGCUGCAGGAAUUCUUGAAUAUAAUGCGUAAAUGUGAUAGCUUAUUCAGUAGUAUGAACCCAAAGUUAGAAUAUUUAGGAAGCUUCUUUGAUGGAAUGCGCGUCGGCCAACCAACAGAAUACGAUAUAAAUGUUAUUCUAACUUUUCACGUUAACUAUAGUAAAAUUGAAUUAGAUGCCCGUGACACCCAAAAUGGUUACACGAGUAUAAUAAUGCCUGAAGAGUUUCGCAGACUAUCAAAAACCCCAGCUACCGCCAUUAAAGGCUUCAAAAAGACUGAAAUCUGGUGCGACCGAUCACAUCGUCUUUUGGUAACUGGUUUCAGAUCCUGGAUGCAAAGCGUAGUAGACGCCGCGCUCGAUACAUUACCACAAGAAGAUGGCAAAAGAAUUUUAAAAGUACAAGAUAAAUACUUCAAGAUUCUAUACAAGAUGUCUGGCCCUGCUAAUACUAUCAAGAUAUAUGUGGAGGACGAUUAUGUUAUAGAUGUCGAUUUAGUACCAACCUUAGCCUUUGAACUUCCUAAAAAACCUUUUAAUUCCAAAAUCGAUUUCAACAAAGUCAAGCAGACGAAAAAAGCUCAUUAUUUUGCAGUACCAAAGCCGAGUGAUACUAAUUUUAGCUGGAGGUUGGCUUUUCCCUAUCAGGAAAGAUAUUAUACUGACAAAACUAACAACCUUAAAGGUACAUUGAAACUUUUGAAACUAUUUAGAGAUGUCCAAGGAUUUAAUAAGUUAGCUAGUUAUUUCAUAAAGACAUUAUUUUUAUGGGAAGUUGUAGAAAACGAUGAUAAAUUUUGGUCAAAGAAUUCUUUAACAUUUUUGGUAAUUCACAUGUUAAAAAAAUUAAGGGACGCCUUGGCAUUGGGAAUUAUUAAGAACUUUUGGUGCUCUGAUCACAAUCUCCUAGAGAAAAUAAAAAAAGAAACAUGUCAAAAUUGGAGUAAUCGAAUUUCUAAUAUAGUUGAUGAUAUAGAAAGAAAUGUCGCUGAUCCAUACAUUGUAUUGAAGUACUUUGUCGCUUAAUAUGAACUUACAGAUACCGGCACGGAUAUUGGGCUCUCGGCGGAAGAGUGGGGAUCGCUUUGCGCACCCGUACGCAUAAGGCAAUAAGGCAGUAAAUCGCUUCUGCGCAGGUGAAGGUCAUGGCUCGAUAUCCGUGC